UUAUUUUAAAGAGGUACUAGAAUAAAACCCAAAAGUUCAUGUACCAUGAUGUUUAAUUUAAACAUCUAUCACUUAAUCCUUGUAGGGGAUUCUUACUCAACGUAACCUAUAUAUAUAUAUAUACAGACCCAAGCUUGUUUUAUUGGUUUUUUGCAUUAUUGGGUGUCACAUGGUCAUGAGCCGUAGCAUCGGCAUCAAAACCAAAGAGUCAAUUUUUUCAUUAAAUUUUGGACUCAUAUUUUUAAUUAAAUUAAAACAGCAUCAACAACUUAAUCAGACGCAUCAAUUUUUUCUGGAAACAGAAGCUGGUUAGUGGGUUUUAGUUGCCAUUAUUGAUUAUAAUGAAAUUGAGCUCAACUAACACCAAAUUUGUGUCCUUUCCAAAUCAUACACUUAUUGUCCUCAAUAAAUGAAUCUUUUCUAUGGCCUAAAACCACACAGCUCCUCUUAUUGUGCAAAUUGAUUUUGAGAUACAGAACACCAUACUAUUGAAUAUUUAGAUGAUAGAUAUAUAUAUAUACAUGAUAUAUAGAUGGACUCCUUCCCCAUAUAAUAUCUAUAUAAGAGAUUAAUUAAAAGUUAAGGCUAUGUGCCACUGUAAAAUAGUAGUAUACCUCAUUUCUUUCUUUAUGUUUUUUUCACUAGCUAGGUUGCACCAUCGUGAGCAUUAAGGUUAAUAAGUUAUUUUUCAACUUAUAUGAUAAAAUGAUAAUGUUGGGACAACCUUUCACAAUAUUCCUUUAAUUUGGUUAGUAAACACAUGAAUGGACCUCUAAAUCCAUUAAAUAAUGGUAAGAGAGACAUCCAUUAUAAAUCCCCAUUAAAUAAUGAUUAAAUUUUAAAUAUAGAAGGGUUUUGAUUAUUGGGAAAACUAGGUAGACAUGUUGUUGAGGCUGAUUCUAAGUAUAUACUAUACUUGUUUUAUUUACGCCCUGUCCCCUUACCUGUUACCUUGUAUUUAAAAAAUUAUAUACACACAGUUAUUGGGUCUUUUAUUCAUUUUAUGAUCUUAUUAAAAGAAAUGGCCAACUUAAAAAAUGGAGAGCACCUACCGAUUCUUUUUGUUUCUUUCUUUACACAAGAGGAAAGAAAUUAGUGGAAUGAAAAUAAUAUAGAUGAUGAUGAUGAUGAUGAUGAUGAUGAUGAUGAUGAUGAUGAUGAUGAUGAUGAUGAUGAUGAUGAUGAUGAUGAUGAUGAUGAUGAUGAUGAUGAUGAUGAUGAUGAUGAUGAUGAUGAUGAUGAUGAUGAUGAUGAUGAUGAUGAUGAUGAUGAUGAUGAUGAUAUAUGUAGGUUUAGUUUAAAGCUUUUUUUUAACUAUGAUAAUGAAAUCUCUGAUAAGAUGCAGCGCACUCGGAUUUGGUGUAUCUCUGAAUAAGUGCUUCUUUUAAUUAAAAGAAAAGAAAAGAAAAAGAAAAAAUCAUACCAAACCCAACCAACACCUGAUCUCACCCUUCUCAUUCUCCAGCAGAAUCUGAAAAAUAAGGAUAUAUUUUGGUUACACCUACAUGCAUUAUGAUUCACAACUCUGAUCUACAUCCCUCAUUCUCACCACUCACCACUCACCAUUCACCAUUACCUCUGCUGUCUACCUAAUCAAAACUGAAGUGACUCCUUCUCCACCAAUUGCAUUUUGCCAUCUACAACUAACCACAUUUCCCAAAAUCUGAUUAAUAAUCAUAUUACAUAUUGCGCAAAAACAAAAAUCAACUACGUGUCCCCACUCUCUCAUAUUUCUUGCCCACGGUUUCUCACUAACUUCAUCAUCUAACUUACCUCCAAAAGUUUUUCUAUUUUAUCUUUUAAAUAACAACCAGGUUGCUACAAAGCAAUCAAUAAACACAUGCUAAUUUUAGUUUACAACGAUGGAUCAAAAACUACGACGGGGGCUUACGGAAGCGCAGGGGAACAGGACGAGCAAUUGGUCUAAUUAUGUGGGAGAAAUUAAUUUCGAUGUGCACAUGACACUAACACUGGCGGCUUUAUUAUGUUUACUCAUUGGAGCGGUUGGAGUGAACUCUAUAGUACGCUGCUUUUUGCGAUGUAGGUAUAGCUUUGAGACGGAGAGGGCAGAGGAGGACGCUAGCGCACAGGGGCUUAAGAAGCAAGAACUCGCUCUGAUUCCGAUUGGGGUCUAUGGAAGUGAUGCAAAUAUUAAGAGCACAGAUUGCGCAAUUUGCCUUGCCCAGUUCGAGGUGGGCGACAAGCUCAGAAUGUUGCCCAUUUGCAACCAUGGAUUCCACCUCACAUGCAUUGAUACUUGGCUCUUGUCUAAUUUCUCUUGCCCCAAUUGCCGCCAAUCCGUCAAACCCCCUCAUACUUCACCCCACAUUGUUGUGAUCAUAGACAGUGUAAAUUAGACAAUCCAUGCAUCCACCGCGUUGUGUGGACGACUCUUUAUGUAUUGGUAUCUCUGUAUAAUUUUUGUGUUUACUGAGGCUGAACAUACUUUCUUGAGGUAUACUAUUUUUUUCAAGUCAAAAGAAAAUUAAUGAAAUAAGAGACGGCAAUUCAUGUAGACAUGCUCAAUCGACACAAGUGGGAGAGAAAAAAAUGGGGUUAACCAAUCAAGGUUUGGUUGGAUAAUUACACUCGAAUUCAUAUCAUAUACUUGGUGACACUUAAGAUUGGGUUGAGCGGGCCGAUUAGUCCCAAAUGGGCCGAUCGUCCAAAUGGGCCCAUACUGUAUGAGUUUAGGUCAGGAAGUAAUAGGAUGAUGCUUUCAUUUCAGUGAGCGGUGUCAUGUGUUGCAAUGGCGAUAGGUCAUCGGCGGUCAUUCAAAAUCAGCGUUCAUGCCAAGAUCUGUAACCUUUAUAUCAAGCUGAAGGCCACUCUGAAACUUCCUUCCGGGAAAUUCCAACGCCUCCUAAAGCUUGAUAAACUACUCAUCGAAGUGGAUUCCAAAUCCGAAUCUCGGGUCCUCGUUCAACGGCGACGGACUUUGAAAUCUCGAAUGCUCAGCUUCGUCAAGAAGCAUUUGGGGCGUUGCCGAUCUAAAAUCCCACAUUCUGAAUCUAAAUAUCAAUCUUGGCAUGUUGGCCAUCAGAUUGGUGUGGGAUUUGGUUAUCUGGUUGCACUCAAGACACAAAUUGGGCUUGCAAAUGCGGUUGGUUCCAGCUUCAGCUCCAUUAUAUGGGUUUACCUGUGUGUAUUUGUUAUAUGGCUCCAGAAAUGUGAUCCAAUCUCGACAAACUCAAGUUGUUUCAGAAGAAUUCUGCUCCGUCGUCGUCCCCAGCAUAGGAACGAUUCACUUGUGAAUGCAAUAGUUUACCACACCACGGGACAUAUACCCAAAUUAAUAAUAAUAAAUUUACAAAUAUUUAGUCACAUCAACGUCUCCUUAUUUUCUUUCCCACUUACCCAACUAACACUUCAGUAUGAAUUUCUUGAGAUUGGAUGAAGAAUAAAAAACAAACAAAUUACGUUAAAAUGUUUAA